AUGAAAGCUCUCCUAUUCAGUCCGGAUAAUUUAUCACUUAAAUAUUGCAAAAUAAAUGCUCCCACGAAAAUACACAAGGAUGAAAUUGUCGUCAAAGUUACUCAUUCAGGGGUGUGCAGUACGGAUUUAUUUAUAACUCAGGGGAAAAUUGAUUGCGGACCUGGUCCCAUAGUAUUGGGUCAAGAAAUAAGUGGAAAAGUUCACGCAACGGGAAGCGACGUUACUGAAGUAAUACAAGGAGAAAAUGUCGUUAUAAAUCCCUACAAUUCGUGUAGCACUUGUAGAUAUUGUACGAGAGGACUUUGUUCGUGUUGCUCAAAUGAAGGAAUACACAGUGCUAUUGGCGUUUAUAAAAAUGGAGGUUGGGCGGAAUAUGUAACAGUAAAAAAAAGUCAAAUUCACAAGAUUCCUCCAGAGCUCGAAUUAAACAAAGCAGCCCUGGUUCAUCCAUUAUCCUGCAUAUUGAACGCCAUACAUAAAUUAAACCUUUCCCCGGGAUCCCAUAUUUUCAUUCAUGGACUUGAUUUGGCUGGAUUUUUAUGGGCAUCAACUUUGCACUCUCAAGGACACAGAAACGUAUUUGUAAGCGACAAAAAUAAUAAUAAAAAAAAACAAUUACACGAUAUGAAUUUAGGAUAUCCGUUUGUGAAUGAAGAAAACAUUGAAAAAUACACUGCUGACGUAAUAAUUGAAUGCACGGGUUCACAAAAAUCAAUUGAAAAAUGUAUUAAAAUAUUAAAUCCAAAUGGGCAAAUUUGUUUUUUUGGUAAUUCAAAUCCGAAAACUGAAAUAAAAUGCGUUCCAUACGACAUAAUAAAUAAAGAAAUAAAAAUAAUUGGUAGCGUGGGUAAUGCCUUUUGCUUUACUAAAGCUAUUAAUUUAGCAGCAACAAUGCGAAACCGUUACCUUAAUUUUGAAAAAUUAGGAAUAAAAACAUUCAGUUUAGAAAAUUAUAGAGAAGCUUUUUUAAAUAAAAAAUCAGGUUAUGCAAAUAAAGUUAUGUUUAUUUUUGAAUGA